AUGACCGUAUUCGUGUUCUUGCUCUCCCUUCUCAGCUUCGCACUCUCCAUUCUAGCGGUGGAUGUAAAAGGUAGCAUCAAAUGGAAUGAACUAUGUCCUGAUGUCCGUACACUGGGCUCUGCUCAAGCUAUUCUCGACCAUGGUUACUACAAAGGCAGCAUUAUCUUCGACGGCAGUUUCACCAUGUACUUGCAAUUCCUCGUACUCUUCCACUCCUCCUCAUCCAUCUCUAGACCCAACGUCUCUCACGGAGUCUACAUACUAUCGAUAGUCUCUCAUGACCAUGUGUUCGACCAGCUUCGCAUAGAUGUCCAUGAAACUGGUUACUUCGUCCGACCCUACUCUGUCGGCACAGCGUUGAACCCACCUUCGACAAUAAUCAUGCCGGAGAUCGCACUCCUCGCGCGCGCUACUCAUAGCUACUAUAUGCCGCCGCAAUCCUUCAAUCUCAUGGGCAUGUUGGGUAGCCCAAUGGUGCUAUUAUUCAUCUUUGGGGGUGGAAUGGUUCUGGCCAUGCCUUAUCUCAUGAAUAACAUGGACCCAGAAAUGAUGAAAGAGUUCAGGGAAAGUCAGGCAAAGGCGUCCCAGCUACAGAGUGCAAUGGCUAGCGGCGACUUGAGGGCAGGAUUUUCUGCUCUAAUGGCGGAAGAGCCCCCUGCUGCAGCCCCUGCCCCUCCGGGAGUUCCAAAGACGCGUAGUGGUCCUAAAAAUCGGCGGCGGUAA